GAGCAAUUUCAGGGUAAGGAGCGCUUAAAUAGCAGGCCACAAUCCUGGUCAUCCUCACCACAAUCACUUCCCUUUCUCUCCUCUCUCCUCUCUCCUCUCUACUCUCUCCUCCUCGAGCUCUAAAGUCAGGAAAGCUUUCCAGAGCUGUUGGAAGAAGACUACUACUAGUAAUACAAGUAGUAGAUCUAGCCAUGGCGAGAGAACAAUUGCAAGUGCUUAGUGCACUUGAUUUGGCGAGAACCCAAUUGUACCAUUUUACUGCAAUCGUGAUUGCUGGAAUGGGUUUCUUUACGGAUGCUUACGAUCUCUUUAGCAUUUCUCUCGUCACGAAAUUACUUGGCCGCAUAUACUACCAUGUUGAGGGUGCACAAAAGCCUGGCACAUUGCCUCCCAGUGUUUCAGCAGCAGUCAAUGGCGUCGCCCUGUGCGGCACUCUGGCUGGCCAGCUCUUCUUCGGAUGGCUUGGUGACAAAAUGGGAAGGAAGAGCGUCUAUGGCAUAACCCUUAUUCUCAUGGUUGUUUGCUCCGUUGCCUCGGGGCUUUCUUUUGGAAAUGAACGAAAGGGUGUCAUGGCCACUCUUUGUUUCUUCCGAUUCUGGCUUGGCUUUGGCAUUGGUGGUGAUUAUCCCCUUUCCGCCACUAUCAUGUCGGAAUAUGCCAACAAGAAGACCCGCGGGGCCUUUAUCGCUGCAGUGUUCGCCAUGCAGGGGUUUGGAAUUUUGGCUGGCGGGAUAGUUUCACUCAUUGUUUCAGCUGCAUUUGAUCACAGCUUCAACGCACCCUCCUAUGAAAAAGACCCAGUUGGCUCCACUGUGAAACAAGCUGAUUAUGUUUGGCGAAUUAUUUUGAUGUUUGGAGCUGCUCCUGCCGCUCUGACAUACUACUGGCGGAUGAAGAUGCCUGAGACGGCUCGUUACACUGCGCUCGUUGCCAAGAAUGCAAGGAAGGCAGCUGCUGACAUGUCUAAGGUUUUGCAGGUGGACAUCGAAGCCGAAGAGACCAAGGUGGAGAAGUUGGCAAUGGAACCCGCCAAUUCAUUUGGUUUGUUUUCCAGACAAUUCGCCCGUCGACACGGCCUUCAUUUGUUAGGAACCACCAGUACUUGGUUUUUGUUGGACAUUGCUUUCUACAGUCAGAAUCUCUUCCAGAAGGACAUCUUCAGUGCAAUUGGAUGGAUUCCAAAAGCCGAGACCAUGAAUGCAAUUCAUGAAGUUUUUAGAAUUGCCAAGGCUCAAACCUUAAUUGCACUAUGCAGUACUGUUCCAGGGUACUGGUGUACAGUGAUUUUCAUUGAUUAUAUGGGGAGGUUUGCUAUUCAACUGAUGGGUUUCUUCUUCAUGACCGUGUUCAUGUUUGCGCUUGCUAUUCCUUACCAUCACUGGACUUUAGCGCCCAACCGAAUCGGGUUCGUCGUAAUGUACUCAUUGACCUUCUUCUUUGCAAAUUUUGGACCCAAUGCAACCACCUUUGUAGUGCCAGCAGAGAUUUUCCCAGCAAGGCUAAGAUCAACUUGCCAUGGUAUAUCUGCAGCAUCUGGGAAGGCUGGUGCCAUAAUUGGGGCGUUUGGCUUCCUGUAUGCUUCCCAAAGCCAAGACAAAACUCAGACGGAUGCAGGCUACCCACCUGGUAUUGGAAUGAGAAAUUCGCUCAUUGUGCUUGGAGUAAUCAACUUCUUAGGAAUGCUCUUUACUUUCUUGGUCCCGGAACCAAAGGGAAAAUCAUUGGAGGAGAUGACAGGGGAGAAUGAGGAUGAUAGCCCUGAAUUGGACAUGCAGCCUCCUACUAAUAGGACCGUUCCAGUGUAAUUUGUGUGGGUUUCAUAAAGAUGUCGAAGUACUACUACAUUCAAUAUUCAAAGUCAAGGCUGGCUCUUAUGUUUUCAUUGUGCAAUACAAUUUCGUAGAUGUUUGCUUUGAAUACUUGAAUUCAAAAGCAACCAUAUGUAUGGUGAAUUUUGUUAAACGUACGUUUAUAUACAUUAUCCAUACUUCGUGUUCA